ACUUCGGCUGCGCUACAUCGCGCUCUAACCAAGCUUCUCCCACCAGGUCGGCUGCUCCCGCCGCCGCCGCUGCCGCUGCCGUUGCUGCUGCUUCACUCUGUUCUCGUCAGUUUAUACACCUCGAUUGUGUCUAUGUGCAUUUCUCACGCAUGAGUCGUGUUCGUCACAAAACUGACUUCAGUGUGUUCUCUUUUCGACGACGCUCAGCAAGAAAAAAAAACAGAUAUACGUACAAGUAACGCCCGAGUCCAACCGAGAAAGAAUGUCGAACUGUCGCGAGAAGCGAAUCGACAACUGAACACUUAGAGUGAUAUAACCCGCGAAAGUACUGUCCAACUGGAUAGAGAGAGAGAGUGAUCUUCGCGAGGCGAGAGUAGAUGUUGCUGCUGCUACUGCUGCAUCCUCGUCUUCGCCGUAGUGUUGACCGACAACAGCAGGCUCAGGCUUUGGCCCAGCAAGGUAAUUGAGCUGUUUUUGGUGAAGGGUGUUACCCUUGUGAUCACAGACAGAUACAAUAAGCCAGGCCAAGCAACUGCCAAUGAUAGAUGCAAAUGGGGCUACGCCAGUGGAGGCAGCGGGGGACCCCCCUCGCUAAGGAGUAUCGAGGGCCAAACUCCUAUCCAAACACCUCCAACACCUUACCGUAGCAUUGAAGGACCCCUGUCAAAUUCUACCAAUCAGCGGGGUCAGGCUACUCAGAGAUCUAAAUCCCGGGUGGAUGCAAUGUUGGAGCGUGCUCUGACACAGCCACAACAGUGUUCCGUGGAUCCACUUAACAAUGCCCUGAACUGGGGUAUACCUAUUUGGUCGACAUAUGAACUGCAAUCUUGGUUGGAGAAAAUAUCCGCUUCGUUGAAAAACUCUCAUAGUUUGAAAAGUGACAGCCAUAUUAACUUGACAAAGGACUUUUUUGUCACACAUUUCAAAGAACCUUAUAUCAAAUUUGAGUCUUAUUACAGAGACAUUCGGCCUGUUUUCUUAGAGUUGCAACUGUGGCCUACCAUUAAUUUUGAUGGUGAUCCAGGGUCUUGUCCUUUUGAUCUAAAACGUCGAGAAAAGAAAGAAGUAGGUUUUGUCCAAAAGGAGAUCAAAGAAAACAGGGAAAAAUAUUACAUUUCUAAUAUAUCAAAGGGCAAAGACAUGACUCGUAGGCCUCGCGCCACGGCAACUCGCUCCCGUAAGACAGAAAAUACUGGGUAUUGUGAAAUCUGUCGAAUUGAUUAUAGAAAUCUAACCAAACAUCUGCAAAGUGAUCAACAUCUCAACUUUGUGCGCAAUGACAAAAACUUUAUAUCUUUAGAUAAUUUGAUUAGCACUGGUGCAAGUGUUGAAGCUUUUUUAAAGAUAAAUCGAUCGAAAGAUGUCAGGAAAGAAUGUCCUCUAUUCUCAAGUCGCGAUCAUGAUCUCGACAAUGGCAUAUUGUCGGCGGACGAGAAACCGGAAGAAAAAGAUAAUCCUAAUUUAAAUGAGUUUGACAUUGAAGAAUUAAAAAUGAUGCAGUGUAACGGUGCCCGUAGAAACUUGAACUUAGACUCCUCUCCACACAAUUUGAGAGUAAGAGCAAAACACGAAAGUGGCCACCAGUUACGCUCUAAAGGUAGGCCAUUUAGUGAAGGUGAGAAGACUGAAAAAUCUCUCGUCAAAUAUGUUAUCAAAAAACGUUCCAAAGGAACCUAUUGGAUAGAGGAAGGUAGUUCAGAAGAUGAAAAGGACGUUGAGAACGAAGUGAUAAGUUGUGAGAAAAGGCCGUCAAUCGAAAGACUUUGUGAUGCAGAAAUCGAGGAAAUUGCGACUAAUGGUGGAGUGGAAAACGUUUCGAUGAAUGGUGAAAUGGAUCCCGUACCUGUUGUCGACUGCAAACGGAAAGAAAAUAAUUCAAACAACCUGUUUCAUCGAGAAAAUGCAUUAAAAGACUGUCUUUUAGAGAGUUCGUCGAAAAAUAAAGUUAAUGGUUACGAAAGAAAAGAGGACAGAAGGCGAUCGAGCGAAAUUGUCGAAAAUAACGUUACAAACCAGGAGAACGAUGUAGAAAUCAAGGCAAAUUGUGACGAUCACGAUAAUCAAGAGUAUAAUAACGGAGAGCAGUUGCAUGCUCAAGACUGUGAAGACACGAAUUCGUUAAAAAAUGUCGAAAAGGAAGAUAAAGGAAAGAGUAAAUCGACACUUAGGAGAGGAGCGCGAACUAUGAAAGGCCGGCAUAGAUUAUCGGUAGAAGAACGUCUGAUAGAAGAUAAUCGAGAUUAUUACAAGGUGGAGGUACUGGGAAGCAAAUUGAGAUCCAAUACAAUUCCCAGCUCGAAUCCUGUGGUACCCCCUUCAAAGGAAGUGGUAGAAAGGCCGAAAAAAGACGAUAAGUCGUCUAGUGAAAAGAACGUUGUAGUGCGUUUCAAACGUGUGAGGAAAUCGGAAUUGACUUUGCUCAGUGACGAAGCCGAAUCUUUCAUGUUUGGAGAACCGCGUCGCGACGAUGACUCCAGUGAAAGUGAUGGUGAACAGAGCAGCAAUUUACCAAAAGACACUGAAAGUGACCACGAAGAUCCUGGUAAUUCUAUGGCGAUAAGCUCAUCUUCACCUGGUAAUAUCAAGCAGGAAAUUAUCGACGAAGAUUCGCAAGACUCGUCUGGUCGAGGACGAAAGAAGAGAAGAACGCAGACCGAGGCUCUAUUGAAGGACAACACCGAAUAUUAUAAAUUCGAAACUCCUGGGAGUAGAUUGAGGUUUCAAGCUCCUUUGACUGGUAUUAACGAAUCGGCUCAAAGCAAAGAUUCACCAGUGGUACAACAGGAUCCAAGUGCCAAUCAAGAAGAAACUCCAACAGUUUAUCCGUCCAAGCCGUCUGCGGAAAUUGAAAAAAUGCAUUUCUCAUUUGAAGCCAUACCAAAAUCUGAAUCCUGGUAUCAAACGUACCAACGUCAAGAUGAAGGCGAGGAAUUUUAUUAUUCUUUAAGUGAAGGCAACAAGCCAUUCCUAUUACCUUAUGAGAUAGAAAACUUUGACGAAAUAUUGCGAAAGGCCAUACAGAAUGGCUUGCGGAAAAAGAGCCGUGGUAAAGGAUCUCAUUUACCUAUCAAUAAUAAAACCCCCAGAAAAAGCCCUCGGUGCCAUGCUUCGACCUUAGCUAUUAUGUCGACAAUCAUCAGAAGGAAAGAACAGCAGUUAGCUUCAAAUCUGAAUAUUGUCGAGGAAGAGACUAAACCAAUUAACGAAAUUACUAAGCCUGACAAAAAAUCUUCGGAAAAAUCUGACGUCGAUGCAGAUCUGAAUGAAAUAGCGAAAACCAUUGACGACGUUCUGGGCAAGGAAGACUACAUGAACGAUAUGGAUUCGUUUGAGAUAGAUAUCGCUAAAAAUCCUGACGAAGCCGAUGUUGUUGAGGCUGAAGUACAACCGAAGGGAGCGCCAGAUGAUUUGCUGGAGUUGCUUGAUAAUUGUCAUGAUGUUGUGACGAUGAAUGGCAUAGAAAAUUCGUCUUGCGCCAGUUCCGAUUGCGGCGAGCUAGGAAACGAGUUUCCGUCGAAAAGACGUAAGAAAAGGAAAAAUAAGACCGGGUGGCCCGGAAAUAAGAUGAGAAGAAAACUACAUAUCAAGCAUCUGCACGAAAGUGCGUCCAAUGAAACAAAUCUCACCAAAAAACCUGACGAAAAUUCGGAGGCCGACAAAUCCAUAGCUGAGGAAACUUUGGAAGAGGCUUCAUCGCAUGUGUCAUACGAUGAAGAAGAGGUCAUUCCAGCAGAGUGUGAAAUCGGUAAAGAAAGCGAGCUAGUACAAAAUCAACCGAAAAACAAUAAAAAAAGAAAGAGUCGAAAGACGAAGAGCAAGGAUAAGAAAAUAUGUCUAGAUGUUUUGCAAAGUGAUAGCGAAAUCAAGGACGUCGAAGAAAUGGCAAGUAAAGCGAUCCUUAAGUCGGCGAUCGUAGAGAAAGCGUCUUUAAAAAAAAAGCGAGCUCCUUUGAGCUCAGAUCAUCCAAAAGUCAAAAUCGAGGUAGAGGAACCAGAAGAAGAAGAGGAGCUACUAGAGGAGAUGGUUGAAGACAUGGAUGAUGUAGAAAUUUCCGUUGACGAAGGACGAUUGACGAGCAUAAGUGAAGAUUCGGAGGCACCGUUAUCUAUUAAUGAAAAUAAUUGUACGCAAAAUACUGUUACACUAAAGAAACGGUUGUCUGCCGGAAAAUUGAAGCGACCACGAAAUAAUACUAUGUCGUCAGAAGCAUCGCUUCAGGCCGAAUUGGAAAACUAUCAGUAUAGCAGUAGCGCGAGUUCAUCGCCGAAGAAGCGUCAAAGAGAGCAAAAACCUCAACGCCAAGACGAAAGCCAAGAGCGCUCGUCAGAGCGGAACAUGCCCAAGAAAAAAGGUCGCGUGGAUUCAAAGAAUAAGCGGCGGAAAAACGAGCAAACCCCUUCCAAAGUCGUCUUCGAGAACGAGAACUGCAAAAAAAGGACUCCUCCGUCGAUGAAUGAGAGGAGAAAGCACAAGAGGUUGAAACGCAAUGACAGCGUGUCGUCGGAGCUUGCAAACGGUGAUAUGUCGGAUCGAGUAUCCCUUGUGUCCACAUCGGAUGCGGACCAACGUCGGUCGAGCAUCGACUUUCAACCUGUCGUCAGGGUUACGAAAAUCGAUGACCCGGCUGAGAGUAAUCGCCGGUUGCGAAGCUCCAGCUCGCCGCACUCGAGUAAACAGCCGCAAAAGAAACGUUUUAGACGGCGAUAGCUCUCAGAGCAAUUCACCACUCGCUGCUGAUACUCGAGGCGCGAUCGAGCUUGCGGGUUUAUCUCUUACCUGCUAUUUUAGAUUUUUAUGAGCUUCCGACUGUCAAUUCCUUAGUGAUGAACGCUGUCUUUGCUCGUGUACAUUGUGUACAGAAUGGUAUUUGUCUAUGUCUAGUAUUUAAUAACAACAAGCACUUGAAAUUCUAUCAUUGUAUUAAUUAUAUUAUGAUUUGUACCAUCGUUUUCGAGUAGCAUCGAUGCUACAAAUAUACGAGGUAUUGUAAAUUUUUCAAAGUGCGAUUUUCGCGGUCGAUUUCUUACUGUAUUAUUAGUUUUGUAUUGUAAUAAUCACAAGAAAAGUUAAUGUUCAUUCUUCAUUCUUUAUUUCUUCUUUUUUUUACGUAAUUUUGCAGAGUACUGUCUGUGUAUUUAGAUUCAAAGCUUUAAAAGGGCUUGAACAACUACGUAAAAAGUGAAGAAUUUUAAGUCGUUUUGCAUACCUGCCGAAAAAUUCAGAAGAUAUUCUUCUGUCUUAUGUACCAUUUCAUUUUUUUUGUAAGUAACUGACUUCUUUUUUAUACAAUCAGAAGUACUUUAUAAUGUGCAAAGUUGGUAUUAAUAACUGUUCAACCAAGGUGUUUUUUUAGAGUAUGUAAGACUGCUCAGAUUAAAGCUUUAUUAUAGCAUUUUUUGGUUAUUAAAUGCAUUGAUUACAUGUAAUAUUAUAUUUUAAAGUAACUUACGUAGAGGAAAUUUUUAGCAAUGCACUUAUCAAGUCUUUUGUGAGAUUCAUCUAUCAUAGGAAGAGGUGAUCUACAAAAAGUAUUGAUAGUUUAUACUAGAGGUUGACUAUAUUCGAGAAAAACACCUAACAAUCCUAUUUGAAUGAAAGAUAAUGUAAAUCUGUCAAGAGUAUAGAAAACACAAAUGAUUAUUAAAGAAAAUUGAAUUUUUCAUAUAAACAGAGUUUUAUUUUCUUUUUCAAAUUUCAACUAAUUAUGUGUGUACAGU